GACUCGAGCCAAAAUUAAAUCUCUCUCCGAAGUGACCUAAUCCCAGCUGCUCGUCGGAGGAAGUAACCGGAGAGAGAGUGAGCUACAUCUUGAAUAUAAAGUGAGAUUUGAGUAUCUUAUUGGCUAGUCGGCGACGGAGAGAGAUGGCCGGAUUAACGAGAACAGCCGGCGCUUUCGCGGUAACUCCGCACAAGAUCUCCGUUUGCGUUCUCCUGCAGAUAUACGCUCCAUCUGCUCAGAUGUCUCUCCCUUUCCCUUUCUCUUCCGUUUCUCAGCACAACCGCCUCGGCCUCUACUUGCUCUCUCUCACUAAGGCAUGCGAUGAUAUGUAUGAGAUGAAGCUGGAGGAGCUCAUCAACCAAUUAAGAGAACUUGGGGAUGACGUGGAUGCGUGGCUGACUGAGAAUUUGACUAAUCAAUUUUCAUCUUUGUCUUCACCAGAUGAUCUAUUGAAUUUCUUUACUGACAUGCGAGGAAUACUUGGGAGCCUUGAUUCAGGAGCUGUGCAAGAUGAUCGGAUUGUUUUGGAUCACAAUAGCAACUUGGGAAUGUUUGUUCGUCGUUGUAUUUUGGCGUUUAACCUUUUAUCGUUCGAGGGAGUUUGUCAUCUUUUUUCAAGCAUUGAAGCCUACUGCAGAGAAGCCCAUUCAAGCUCUGCUCAGUAUGAUGUUAAUAGUAAUCUGGAGUCAUUAACACAAUAUGAUCAGAUGGAUAUGGAGAUCUAUGUAAUGGAUAAAGCAACCAAAGAAAUGGAGCUACAUAGAAAUGCAAGUGGAAGUGUCUCUUUCCACCUUCAUACGCCGGAAGCACUCUUUAAAGUGACAGAAGGUUUGCUAGUUAGUAGGAAGGAAAAAUCAAGUACCAGCAAAUUUGCAGAGGCUACUUCAGUUGCUUCUGCCUCUUCAAGUAAAGUUGAGGAUACCCGGGUUGAUGAGUCAUUAUUCCUUCGGACAAAUUUGCAGAUACAAGGCUUUUUAAUGGAAAAGGCUGAUGCAAUUGAAGCCCAUGGAAAUUCAUUCUUUUCAAGUUCGAUUGAAAGUUUCCUUGAGCAGCUUCAAAAUUUAGCCCCUGAGUUGCAUCGUGUUCACUUUUUGCGUUACUUGAAUAAACUUCACAGCGACGACUAUUUUGCUGCUUUAGAUAAUCUCCUCCGUUACUUUGAUUACAGUGCAGGGACUGAAGGAUUUGACCUUGUUCCUCCUUCAACUGGUUGUAGCAUGCAUGGAAGGUACGAGAUUGGUUUGUUAUGUUUAGGAAUGAUGCAUUUCCGCUUUGGGCAUCCUAAUCUGGCUCUAGAGGUUUUAACAGAAGCCGUGCGUGUAUCACAACAGCUUAGUAAUGAUACCUGUCUAGCCUAUACACUAGCAGCAAUGAGCAACUUGUUAUCAGAAAUGGGCAUUGCAAGUACCACCAGUGUUCUCGGAGCCUCGUACUCACCCGUCACUAGCACUGCGUCUUCAUUAUCUGUACAACAAAGGGUGUACAUACUUUUGAAAGAGUCCUUGAGGAGAGCUGACACACUAAAGUUAAAACGCUUAGUGGCUUCUAAUCAUCUUGCGAUGGCUAAAUUUGAGUUGAUGCAUGUGCAAAGGCCUCUGCUUUCGUUUGGUCCCAAAGCUUCAAUGCGUCACAAAACUUGUCCAAUUAGCGUCUGCAAGGAGAUAAGACUAAGCGCACACUUAAUUAGCGACUUUUCUUCUGAAAGCUCUAAAAUGACAAUUGAUGGCUCACUUAGCUCAGUUUGGCUUAAAGACUUGCAAAAACCAUGGAGUCAACCCGUGUAUUCCCGAGAAUCUAGUUCUAGAAACAAUUCGACUUUUUUCAAGUUCUGUGAUCAUUUGGUCUCGAUUCCUGGGUCUGUAUCACAAAUAAUAGGUGCUUCUUAUUUAAUACGGGCAACUUCAUGGGAGUUAUAUGGCAGCGCUCCUAUGGCUCGGAUGAAUACCUUGGUGUAUGCAACUUUAUUUGGUGACUCUUCGAGUUCAUCUGACGCAGAGUUAGCAUACUUGAAGCUCAUUCAACAUUUGGCACUAUAUAAAGGAUACAAAGAUGCCUUUGCUGCUCUUAAGAUUGCGGAGGAAAAGUUCUUAACCGUAUCAAAAUCAAAAAUAUUGUUGCUCAAGUUGCAGUUACUACAUGAACAUGCCUUGCAUCGGGGGAAUCUAAAGCUAGCUCAACGAAUCUGCAAUGAGCUAGGAGGUUUGGCAUCAACCACCAUGGGUGUAGACAUGGAGCUGAAAGUAGAAGCAAGCCUUCGUGAAGCUAGGACGUUGCUUGCUGCAAAACAGUAUAGCCAGGCAGCAAAUACGGCACACUCCCUCUUUUGCACGUGUCAUAAAUUCAAUUUGCAAAUCGAAAAGGCGUCUGUUCUUCUUCUGUUAGCAGAAAUCCAUAAGAUGGCAGGAAAUGCGGUCAUGGGUCUUCCGUAUGCGCUGGCAAGCAUCUCGUUUUGCCAGUCUUUCAAUUUGGAUCUUCUCAAAGCAUCAGCUACUCUCACUCUGGCCGAGCUGUGGCGUGGUCUUGGAUCAAAUCAUUCCAAGCGAGCGUUAGACCUUUUGCAUGGCGCAUUCCCUAUGAUUCUUGGCCAUGGAGGUCUUGAGUUGCGUGCUCGAGCAUACAUCUUUGAAGCAAACUGCUAUCUUUCUGAUCCAAGCUUUUCAGUUUCCACAGAUUCUGACACUGUCUUGGAUUCUCUAAGGCAAGCUUCAGAUGAGCUUCAAGCUUUGGAGUACCAUGAAUUGACAGCUGAAGCUUUGUAUUUAAUGGCGAUGGUAUACGACAAGCUGGGACGGCCCGAGGAGAGGGAAGAAGCUGCGGCUUUGUUUAAGAAGCAUAUAACAGCUCUGGAGAUCCCUCAAGACGUUGAACCAAACAUGGCAUGAGAAUCUGUGACCUUAUCUGAUAAGCUUAUUGUGCAAAGCAUGCAGCUUAAGUUGUAAAUGUUCAUUAAGACCUGCAGUAGUGAUGUCUAGCUUUACUUCAUGAUCAAGGGUUAGUAGCUUGCAACCUUAUACUA